AUGGCAGCAAAUAAAGAUUCCAUUCUUCUCUAUUUAGAGUAAGUUCGAAUUCCAUUUUUUCUCAAAUCUAUAGAAUAUUUCAUUCUAGAUCAGAGCUUGAUGAAGGAGAAUCGGAAGUGGAUCAAUAUCAAUACACACCUCGUUCAACCGCUGGAGGUGGAACUGCAACUGGAGGAUCUUCUUCAAAUGCCGGUGCAGUUGAUGAUGAUCGUGAAGAAAUAUCACCAAUUGAUGCAAUGGCAGCAAUUUCAGUCGAAGGUGAUUCACUUCUUCAUGAUAUGUUCACAGCAACAAUUGUUUAUCCACCAAAUUUUGAUAUUUUUAUGGAAAAUAUGGCAUUUAAUCGUUGCCCUCAUCUUCCAUGUUAUGAUCAUACGCGAAUUAUUUUGAAGGAUAAACUUGGAUCUGGAAGUUAUAUAAAUGCUUCACAUGUUGAUGGUUAUACUGGGAAAAGAUGCUUAUAUUUUUGCACAAGCUCCAUUUACUACAGAAACAACCAAUCAAUUUUGGCGAAUGGUUUGGCAAGAAAAACCAAGUAUGAUUGUUGUAUUAGGAGCGAUUGAUGAAAAACAAGCAAAGAAAGAAGAAUCUGAAUAUGAUAUUGGAGGAAAAAACUUUGAAAAAACAUUUGCUCAUGAAUUUGGAAAAGAUACUUUUGGUGAUGCUGAACAAUUAAUCCAUAUUCCCAAAUCAUUUUGGCCAGCAAAUAUGUCUGAUAGAAUGGAAUUUGCAAAAGAUAAACAACUUGCUGUCCAAAAUUCAGGAGUUUAUAAAGAAACACAUAUUGAUGUGAUUAAUUUGACGAUUUCUGAAGGAAGAGAUAAAUCAGCAUCGACAGCGUUGGUUCAUUUCAAAGAUUGGAUGGAUGAAACUCCACUUCCUGAAUUUCUACCCGAUAUGCGAGCUACGGUAAUUUCUCUACUAUUCAUUAUGAUUUGUAGUAUAUGUUAUUGCAGAUCAAACUCCAUCAUAUUCGUUGUUUAAAGAAACAAACAGCAUUCACUGGUCCAUUAUUAUUAGUUUGUCCAACUGGAAUUACUCGUUGUGGUUCUUAUGCAAUUCUUGAUAUUUGUUUGACUCGUUUAACAGAAGAACAUAGUGUUGGAAUCAAAGAAUCAAUGCAAGCAAUCAAAUCUCAACGUUAUGGUUGUUUCCGAAAUGUUGAACAUUAUAAAUCGAUUCGUGAAAUGAUCACAAGAUUUGCAAUUACUUCUGGAAUUGUUCAUGAAACUGCAAUCGGUGAAAAACAAGCAUCAACCAAGAAAAUCAAGAAUCCAACUGGAGGAAAGAAGAAAUUCUUCAAUAUCAAACAACUUGGAAAAUAA